UUGAGUAUUUCGCAGGUUAUAAUUGUUUGAUUUAUUAUGGGAGAUCCAGCUGCUAAUAAUCCUCCUCACAUGGAUGAUUGGGUAGUCGAAAUUGUACGGGGGCUCGGUGCAACAUCUCCGCUAUCUUCAAGUUGGAGCAUCUGCAAAGUUCCGAAAAACCUUCGAUCGGUAAACCAAGAUGCUUACACUCCUCACAUUAUAUCAAUUGGACCAAUCCACCAUGAAGACCAAAAGUUAUCCUCUAUGGAGCAUCACAAACGGCAGUACCUACACUCCCUCUUCAAGCGUACGCAACAACCUAUAACGAUUCUCAACGAUUGUUGCCAUAUCAUCUUAGGUCUUGAUGAAGAUGUCCGCGCUUGCUAUGCAGAACCUAUCGUGUAUGAUGAACACGAGCUUGCAAAAAUCUUAUUACAUGAUGCAGGGUUUAUGGUUGAGCUCUUCAUCAGAUUCUCUGAAAUGGAUUCGGAAAUACAAAAUGAUCCAAUAUUCACGACUUCUUGGAUGAUCUCGACGCUGCAGCGUGACUUGGUGCUUCUGGAGAAUCAGAUUCCUUUCUUUAUUCUAAAAGCUGUGUUUAAGCAUAUAGCAACACCUGAUGCUGCUGCUAGUCCAACGCUCAAAAAGCUUGCUCUUCAAUUUUUCAAGUCAACUUUCAAUAUCAGCGAAGAAGCAUUCCUCACAAAAUGCUGUCUUAAGGGCAAACACUUGCUUCACUUAUUGCACAACUGUUAUCUUCCUUCAAAUCCUAUAGAUUCAACAAGCAUUAAUGAAGAAUGGGAAUUCAGACGUUGUGCAACAUCACUCCGUCAGGCUGGGGUAGUGUUUCAAAAGAAUACGACAGACGACUUGUUCGACAUACAAUUCCACAAGGGCACAUUCAAAAUUCCACCGCUGCACAUUCAUGACUCUACUGAUUCACUCUUCAGGAACCUUGUUGCUUUCGAGCAAUGUCAACUGGACAGUAUACAUUAUAUUACAUCAUACAUCCUGCUCAUGGAUAGACUGAUCGAUACAGCAGAUGAUGUUAAGUUACUUCAACGGAAGGGUGUCAUUGUGAAUGAUUUGGGGGAUGGAGAUGAAGUUUCAAAACUCUUUAACAAUAUCUGCAGCCAAAUAGUGCUGAAAGACUUCUAUUUUGCAGGAUUAUGCAAUCACGUUAAUGCCUACGCUAAGACCCGUUGGCAUCAUUAUAGAGCUUUAGCGAAACGUGACUACUUUAGCAAUCCAUGGAGCAUUUCGUCCUUCUUGGCUGCCGUUGCACUUAUUGUUUUUACCUUAUUGCAGACCGUGUACUCUAUACUUUCUUAUUACUAUCGUUGAUGCUUGUUCUGCACUUUGUGUUGAGAUAAACAGAUGAUAUUUGAGAAAAGAAAAAAUAUGCCCAGAAACAUGUAGAUAUUCUACACUGUCCUUAAGACGAAAUUUGCCCCCAUUAUUUUGCUGCAGGGUAAUUGGCAAAUCGUCCCCAGGAUUAAUUCCAAGCACCCAGAAAUUUACCGGCAGCAGUUCCGGAAAAUCUCUCCUCAA